GGAUUGAUAAUGCUAGUUAGCUCGCAGCUACGUACAUGCAGUUGGGUCGGUCCCAAUGCCUUCUCUAUACAACUACACUAUGACGGGCGGGAAAGCAAAGCAACGAAGAAGAGCACGCCACACGGAAGCCUGGCCCCGUCCUCACGUGUAGCUCAUGAGCUGGCACAGCAGCUCCUCGUCCUCCUUCUUUACGAAGCGACCCUUGACGCGCAAGCGUGAGUUGGCGAAGUUCUUGCGGACAUCGUAGUCCACCUUUUUGGCCCACACGCGGCGUUUACGCUUCUCGAGAAAACGUUCGAUGCGUUUUCUCCGAGCCUCAGGCGAGUAGCUGCCGAUGUACUUGCCCUCAGACGAGGGCGACGUGCCUUCCCUGCGCUGAUCGCUCUCAUUGGCGGCCGAGAUCUCCAUGCGGAUGAACUCCUCCAAGUGUUGGCGGCCCAGUCCGCCGUACUCGCUACCAUCGGACGAGCACACGGAUGCCAGACGCACGCGCUGUUUGUAGUCGCUGUCGUACCACGUACCGUCAUCCUCGACGCCCGUGGGGCUGCUGUCGCGACCCAGGAACGACUCGUUUUCCUGCACGCGCGACAGGCUGCUGGACUUGUACUUCUUUCCGUACGAUGAUGAAUAGGUGCGGUCGAAAGACGACGAAUGCUCGCGAUAUCUCAUGCUGCUGCUGUUGUUGCCGCCGCGCAUGGGGAUCGAGAUGGGUCUGCUGUUGGACGAUGAGUAGCUGUCAUUGUCGUCCUGGUUGGAAGCCGCUGCGGCCACUAGACCGUCGAAGGGCGAGCGGUAUGAUGACCACGUUCGGCGUUCGGGGGACUCGUCGCUAGCUUCGCUAGAGUCCAUAUCCACGUCGCUGCUGUUGCUGCUGUCGUCCUCGCGGCCAGGGAUCAUUGAUGUGAGUGGGCGCUCCUGGAUCUUUUGCGCCAGCAGCGCCAUCGCCGAGCUGUACGAGUCGCCAUGCGGUUGUAGGAAGCUCGACGAAGGCAGCGAACUGGCCACGCCUCCGUCGAAUGCUGCGAAUCCGCGCUUCUUUCCAGCCUGCCAAGACGACGGUGGUUCGGACGCGUACAGCGGAUUGUCGGCGAAUUUGCGCUCGUCCGGCGCUGAUAAGCUCAUGAGGGUCUCGGCCACUUCGGACUCGAUCAUGGUGGGAACGGGUGGCUGCGGCAGUUCCUACUGCAGCUAAUGGCUUCGCUACGGAUCUGCGGGCGGUUCCUUCGAGCCUGGGUCGUUACGAUUUGGCUUUUUGGAGAAUGGGCAGCGUGUGGCUGCCGUCUCUGUGCUUCCUGUCGUGCAAGGGUUCGGAAGGUUUGUCUCUGUUUCUGUAUGCAAGGCCAGUUUCUACUCUUUUCGAGUGUCAGCCAGCUCGGAGCGCGCAAAAUCCAUUUGGCCAAUGUAUGCGCACCAAGUUCAAGCUGGCAAGCGCUAGCGAGGUGAUCAUGUACUACUAGGCGAGCUCUCAUAGCGGUGGAGGUGGCACAGAGGCGCCGAGCGGAGCCCAAUGUAGGCGGCGAACGUAGGCGGUUGCUAGCCAUGCACUUGCAGCCUAGUGAUCGCAUAUCGCCAACCGGUGGCCCUCCCGGUCCUGAGGUUAGGGCCCGAAAUACGUCGCGCAGCCGGCCGACAACAACAGCUUGCGGUUCUUCCAGCGACUUGCACCUCCUGGCAAUGAUCGCUGCUGCUGCUGCUUCCUCUUUCCUUUGCAAAGGCGCCACGCAAUGCAGCGGCGGAACUCUUCUUCAGGCUUCGAAUUCGGUGCAAGGUCUCCGCAGAUGGGCCAACGGAGGAGCAUUGUCGGUGACCAUUGAAUCAAGCAAGGGCCAUCGACAAAGGCUCAGCAAGUUCAUGUCAAGCAACAACUGCAACUUGUACAUCUGACCACCAAACGGGCCUUUCGAAAACGGACCGGUAAAAGUGCGAAGCCACCGUCGCGUCCAAGUCGCUUCUCGUCAGCAAGGCGAAAGAUUUGGCAGCGGUAUUGUUCAAUGCGAGUAAGCUGCAUGUGCUGCUAUAUGUGCUGCUAUUUGAUUCAACGUCAACGCAGUCGCAACAAGUAAGCGAGCGAGGAAGCGUAGCCAUGCGCUCUGGCCGUCGGCCAAUACUGGCCACCCGCAAAAAUAUCUCGGCGCAUCUUGUCGGACAAGUUGAAGUUAUCAUUCCUCAAUUUUUAGCCUCCGUUUUAUAAUUCAUCACCUAAAAUCAUGCAGCCAUCACAAGCCAGUGCCGGAGAAUGCUUCAAGCAAGCACCGCAAUGGAGACAAGGCAACCUCGGAAGGCGCCUUCCUCGCCGAUCAAGCCUUCGUCCUUAACGAUUCAACCUCAGGAGUACGUGGAUACGCCCGGUAGCAGCACUACUGUAUCCCCAGCCGAGAGCUGCGUCAGCGACGUUAGGAAGCAGGUCAAGCCGUGGGAACGAUCGACGAGUGUCGUUAGCUCCGUCAAUAGCUCGGAGAGCAGCGAGCCGCUGUGGGAAGACGACACCAAUGACAUACAAGAGGAAGAAGCAAAGAAUUCGGUUAUGGUGGCAAACAGCUCGAAAGCAAGCGCUCAGUCGCUCAUGAUGCAGACGCACAUGCGAAAGAUGCGGAGGCGCCUCGAUGGACUUCAGCGACUGGUACAGGAAGCAGCACAACAGAGCAGACUUCGCUCGUGUUCACAGGAAUCCGUCCCAGACACGCAGUCGCAUGUAGUUCCGGCGGCAGAGGCGAACGAAGUAACACGCGACGUUGCAGAUCUUCAGAGAGACGCGGAACCGGCACCGAAAGAGAGUGUCAACGAGUUUGGGCAGUUGGAUUCGGUGUCGUCUAGUGAAGGAAUAGAGGGUACAUGUGCACGGACCAAUGAAGUGAACGAUAGCAGAGACGACCAAAAGGACAGCAGUUCGAAAUCUAGCGACGACGACGUUCCUUUAGCGGUCACCACCCUUCUGAAUAGGAUUAAGACUCUGCAGGCGCAGUUGAAAGAAACGACUGAUGAAAAACAGCAGCUUCAGAGCACAGUACUCCGACUGGAGGAGGAAAACGCGCGACUCCAAGCUCAGACAACAGUUGACCCACCAAAUGACUCCAGUGGAUUGGUUGAAGCAGGUGGAGAGCAGGGAUCGUGUGACGCGGAGAACGAUGACGCUACCAAAGACCACGAAGAAAGCUUUUCCCGCUUGACCAUGGCGAUGUUUGGUGAGCCAUCAGCGUUUCAAAUGGUCAUGGAAGAGGAUUUAACAAUUCUAAAAAACCACGAACGCUGUCAGCACAACCUGCAUGAACUUUGGGAUACCAUCCGGACGCUUAGGACGUUCGUGGAAACGUAUGAGCUCGAGCGAAACGCCUUGAGAAUUCAGCGUGACGACGCCAUUGCCGACGCUGACCGUGCGGAUGCCGAGAACGUCAAGCUGGCCAGUAGCAGCAACCCACAACAGAAGAUCAAGUAUCUGCAGCAAGUGAAGAAGGACAACCAGGCAUUGCGGCGAAAAAACCGUGCGCUUAACCUGAGGAUAGCCAAGCAGGCAGCCAAGUAUAUUCGAGAGAAGAACGGAUGCUCACUGCUUGAGGAAGGCGAUACGACAAUUGAUACCACACUUGGAUCUAUUACGCUUGACGAUACGCUGCUAGAUGAGCACGACGAGUGUGCCGUGCGCACUGGUGAGGAGAUUUUGCGCUGUAUGCGGGACCGCAGUGAGAUUUUGGAGCAUCGACUUGAGCGCCUGCGCCUUGCGAGGCAAGAAUUACCUGAAGGUGACGACAGCACGAGUGAGGAUUUUCACACGAUCAUGCCGUGGUAAUAGAUCAGCGUCCUCCUGCAACAAGCGCCCAAUGAUACAGCAUCUCUAAGAAUCGCCUCACUUGAUGCAGCUUGUGGUAGAGUGGAUUGCUCACGCAUUAUUUAUCGUUUUUAUGCAAGUUGCUUUGAUAUUCGUCAAUACAGUCUUUAAUUGGUUAAUAAUCUCCUUUUCAACGUGUG